AUGUCUGAAGAACCUGAGAAGACAACGACGAAGGAUAUCCCACUUCGUCCAUGGAUUGUGGAUGAAGAACCGGUUGAUGAAAAGCCAAUAAAGAUAUAUCCCUUCUCGAUUGAUAAGCUUUGUGAGGAUAACGCUAGAUAUUGGUUCCAUGCUAUGGAGAAGCAAUUGAGAGGUCAGAAUGCAUGGCAAGCCAUUGGAUUCUAUGCCAAAGUUGGAAAGGAUGAAUAUGCCCGGAUAUUGUCGCAAAAACCCAGUUGGAGUAGGGUUGAUUUGAAGGCCGACAUGAUAAUAGAGAAUGGGCUAUCACCAUCAACUGUCUUGGAUGUUAAGUCCCAGCCGAAUGCCGGACGAAAAUGGGAUUAUCUUAAGAAGACAUUCAUGGAGACAUCCAACACGAGAAAGGCACUGAAAUUAAUGAGGAUGGCCAAUUGGACCUGGGACCAAUCAAAGAAUGAGAGGGAAGCAUAUCGAGAGAUCAAGCAGAUGGCUGAGGAGUUCACUGAGAUGAAUGGUGGAAAGACUAUCAAUAUUGAUGAUUUGACUGUCUUAUGGUAUCUCCGUGGAUUAGGAGAUAAGUACGCCACUUUGAGAGAUACAGUGAUGAGCUCAGAUGCUACCCUUAAUGAAGAAUACGUCCUUAGUCGUGUGGAAGACCUUAGGCAGCUGCGGGAUGACCAAGGAGAUAAGGCCUCGCGAGCAGACGGGAAGCAACGACAGAGAAGCAUUAAAUGUUAUGCCUGUGGAAAGAAAGGGCAUAUAUCAAAAGAAUGCAAGCAGGACAGUAGUGACACUGAUGGAGAUAAGCGUGAGAACUCCAAGGGCCAGAAGAAUGGCCGAAACCGCAAGAAGAAGCCGACGAAACAUAAGGGCAGAUCCGCUGAAGACCAUGAGAUGGGCGAUAGUCCUGAUGAGGAAGAAUAUAGCAGUCGAGCUGUAGAGGUAUCCCAUCAGAUGGAGGUAGAAUAUGGCAGCCGAGCCAUAGAGGUAACCCAUAUAGAUGAACGAGCAACGUUUGUCAAGGAAGACGCCUACCGUAUGAAGACGGAUUCGAGAUGGUGCUUUGAUAGCGGAGCCACGAGUAUGUCUACUGGUGACAAAGGCAUGUUUGAAUAUUUGGAUAUGACAUGCAAAGGAAACCUCACGAUAGCGAGCGGAACUCGCAUGCCCAUUGAGGGGCGAGGAAUCGUGAAGUUCAGUUUGCCAAAUGGCAAGAAAGCAAGAUUAGGAGGAGUAAUAUAUGUGCCAGGACUAGCAGAGAAUUUAUUGUCCCUGGAGGUGCUCCAUCUUGCUGGAUUCGAAUCGAGAGGCUCUAUCAAGGGAUAUGAGCUAAGAAAAGAUGGAAAGGUUAUUGCUAAAGGGAAAAGGAUCGGACGAAGCACCUAUUUGGAAGCAGUUAAGCAUGUUAAUGCUCUACUGGUUGGUCCAGGAGUAGCAAAGAGGAAGCAACAUGCUCGUCUAGCUUUAUCAGCGGAUGAAGAGACUGCCAUAAAGCAGAGACUUAUCCACCGCCGCCUAGGCCAUCCUGGGAGAAAACGGUUCAACAACUGCGUUAAUUGGAUGGAUAUGGAAGAGCUGCGGAUCAACAAGCGUGACAAGCUAUUAGAUGACAACUGUGAGGUGUGCAUUAAGGCUAAGCAAGUGAAGAAACAAGGCCAUGUCCCAGUACCUAAAGCAAGAAGGCCUCUACAGCGUGUGUAUAUGGAUUUUUGGGGUCCUAACCGGGAAGGUGCUGGACCAGAGAGAUAUUUCCUAUCUUUGAUUGAUGAUUGCACCCGGUAUUCUUGGCUUUUCAUCAAGACUGAUCGGAGAACGGAGAGUGUUAUAUACACUUUGGACGUGUGGUCACGCCAGGUAGAGCGCCAGGCUGGCCAGAUGUUGUUGAUCAUUAGGACCGACAACGCCGCGGAAUUCAUAGCGUUGAAACCAUGGGCGAAGAGCAAAGGUAUUGAACUGGAGUUCAUUGAGUCCUAUACUCCUCCCCAGAAUGGUGUAGCAGAGCGUUUCAAUAGGGUCAUAUUGGACAUUGCGAGAGCUCUGUUGUUUGACGCAAAGAUCAGCAAGAUAUAUUGGAAAUAUGCAGUGAUAACCGCCAAUUAUCUAAGGAACAGGAUCACGCAAUUGAGAGACUCUGCGGAAGAUGAAGAUGGCGAGGAUAGAACGCCAUAUGAGCUAUGGCAUGGCCACAAACCGGAUUUGACUCAUCUGAGAGCAUGGGGCUGUCGUGUGUUGUUUCAUACCCAGGCAGACAGCAAGCUAGAUAGUCGUGUGGCCGAGGGCACGUUUAUGAUGUAUGGGAAGAGUGACAAGCAGUAUUUUGUUCUGCCUAGAGGGGGCCAAGAGUUGAGAUUGGUGACAAACCCCGAGUUUCGUGAGCAAGAAAGUGGAUAUUGCCUGAAGCCAUUCCAGCAACUGCAGCAACCAGAUAGGCCACUACCACCAGCUCAGCAGGAAGCGCCAGCUCAAGAACAUCAGCCUAAUCCUAUGCCUAUAGAGAUACCCGCAGAGAGAGAGGCACGAGAGAAAGAACCUACUGAGAGACCAUCUUAUCACCAGACGAUGGUAUCGGAUUCGAAUGAGGAAGGCCCGGCGCCUGAAAGGCCGGAUACUGGCUCGAUGACAGAUAAGCCAGAGGGUGAAGUGAAUGUUCCACCCACAGAGACUACAUCACCAGAUGUACGCCGCUCAGCACGAAUUCGCCAGCCAUCUAAGAUGAUGAUGGAGAGCUAUCAGCAACAGCAAGAGAGCAGGGAGCAACGGGGUGCGAAGCGCAGAACUGAAGGGGAGGAUGGUUUGGAUAAUCGUCCAGCUCAGCGCUUGAGAGCCCGUUUAGCUCAGAAAGAGAAUGCCCGGAUGGCAUUGGCUACUGAACUGCUGAUUGGAGACUGCGAAUUCGAAGUCACUGAGAAAGCGCGGCCAGCGCUAGAGAAGAAUGGCAUCCGGAUACCACGCACGUACAAGGAAGCCGUCAAUGAUCCGAUAUAUGGCUCAAAGUGGAAGGAGGCGAUUCAUAAGGAAUUGAUAGCCCUGAUGAGCUUUGGGACCUGGAGAGUCAUACCCCGGAAAGAAGCGGAAGGCACCAUAUCAUCCACUAGGUGGGUAUUUGAUGUCAAGAUAGGCCUAGAUGGCCGGAUCGACCGUUUCAAAGCUAGGCUGGUGGCCAGGGGCAACGAGCAAUCGGACAAUGAUUUUGACGAGACCUUCGCCCCGGUAUUCCGACUAGAUAGCCUACGGAUAUUGGUGGCCAUGGCUGCUAGAUAUGGACUGGUAGCACAUGUGCUAGAUGCUUCUAAUGCUUUUGUUGGAUCUGAUCUUGAUAAGCCUAACUGCAUGGAGAUCCCAGAGGGGUUGCAGGAUUUCGACCCUGAAGCCGGCCAGGGAGGCAUGGUUUUAGAGUUGAUGAAGUCAUUAUAUGGCUUGAGGCAGUCCGCUAAUCUAUGGCACCGGAAGAUCAGCCAGUUCCUGAAGAAAAUAGGGUUCAAACCAAUUACAGCUGACCCUAGUGUCUUUAUCAAUGGACGGGGGUUGAUUAUCGGGCUAUAUGUGGAUGAUAUCAUCAUAUUCGGCAAGCAUGAGCAUGGGAUAGAAGCAGUGAAGCAGAAGCUCAAGGAGUUCCAUCCGAUGACUGACUCCGGACGAGUUCAGAAACUAUUGGGAAUUCGCUUCACAUGGGGAAGAGAUAGAUUAAUUGGGCGAUUGAUGUUUUUGGUGACUGCUACCCGACCCGAUAUAGCAUUCGCCAUCAAUCAACUAUCUCAAUACCUCGCGGAGCCAGGCCAGGUCCAUCUUGGGGCAGCUAAACAUGUGCUCCGCUAUGUGAAAGGCACUAUUGACUAUGGACUAGUUUAUGGAGCCAAGGGGAGAUGCCAACAAGGGUUGAUUGCAUACUCAGAUUCCGCAUACGCGAAUUCUAAAGAAAAUAGGUCUACUACUGGUUUCAUUUUUAUGAUUGAUGCAGCACCUAUUGUCUGGAGCAGCCGGAAGCAAUCAUUAACUGCUCAGAGUUCAACGGAAGCCGAGUACAUUGCUGCGUCCGAGGCAGCCAAGCAAGCAAUAUGGAUUAGGCACUUCCUCUAUGCUAUAGGGAAGGAAGCUAUCUAUCAUGGAGCCCCGACAACUAUAUAUGAAGACAACCAGGGAGCCAUCAAGAUUGCCGAAAAUCCAAUCAACCACCCUAAGACAAAACAUAUAGCAGUACGGUAUCAUGCUAUUCGUGAGCAUAUCAAUAAUGGGGAGAUCCGCCUAGAGUAUCUCUCUACAGACAAGAUGACAGCCGAUGGCUUGACGAAAGCUACCAACCACAUUAGCCAGGGACGAUUAGUCGAUGGACUAGGUCUCGCUUGA